UUUCUUUAAAACUGUCCGCCGCGGAGCUCGUCAGCAGCCAAGAUGUCCAGCAGAAACAACAACAAACUGCCCAGCAACCUGCCGCAGUUACAGAACCUGAUCAAGCGGGACCCGCCGGCCUACGUGGAGGAGUUUCUACAGCAGUAUAAUCACUACAAAUCCAAUGUGGAGAUUUUCCGAUUACAACCAAAUAAACCCAGCAAAGAACUGGCAGAGCUGGUGAUGUUUAUGGCACAGAUUGGUCACUGCUACCCAGAACAUUUAAGUAACUUUCCUCAAGAGUUGAAAGAUCUUCUUUCCUACAAUCACACUGUCUUGGAUCCAGAUCUUCGAAUGACAUUUUGCAAAGCUUUGAUCUUGCUGAGAAAUAAGAAUCUCAUCAAUCCAUCAAGUUUACUAGAGCUGUUCUUUGAACUUCUGCGUUGCCAUGAUAAGCUUCUGCGAAAGACUUUAUACACGCAUAUUGUGACUGAUAUCAAGAAUAUAAAUGCAAAACACAAGAACAAUAAAGUGAAUGUAGUGUUGCAGAAUUUCAUGUACACCAUGCUGAGAGAUAGCAAUGCAACUGCAGCUAAGAUAUCCUUGGAUGUGAUGAUUGAACUCUACAGAAGAAACAUCUGGAACGAUGCCAAAACUGUCAAUGUUAUAACAACUGCGUGUUUCUCUAAGGUCACCAAGAUAUUAGUUGCUGCUUUAACAUUCUUCCUUGGGAAAGAUGAAGAGGAAAAACAAGACAGCGACUCAGAAUCGGAGGAUGAAGGACCAACAGCAAGAGACCUGCUAGUACAGUAUGCCACAGGGAAGAAAAGCUCCAAGCACAAGAAGAGGUUGGAAAAGGCUAUGAAAGUGCUCAAGAAACAAAAGAAGAAGAAAAAACCAGAGGUGUUUAACUUUUCAGCUAUUCACUUGAUUCAUGAUCCUCAAGAUUUUGCAGAAAAACUACUAAAGCAGCUAGAGAGCUCAAAGGAGAGGUUUGAAGUGAAGAUGAUGCUCAUGAACCUCAUUUCCAGAUUGGUGGGAAUUCACGAGCUUUUUCUUUUCAACUUCUAUCCCUUUGUGCAAAGGUUUCUGCAGCCCCACCAAAGAGAAGUAACAAAGAUCCUUCUGUUUGCUGCACAAGCAUCUCAUCACCUAGUACCCCCAGAGGUCAUUCAAUCCUUGCUCAUGACUGUGGCCAACAAUUUUGUUACCGACAAGAACUCUGGGGAAGUCAUGACAGUAGGAAUUAAUGCUAUAAAGGAGAUAACAGCUCGAUGUCCUCUAGCCAUGACUGAAGAACUUCUCCAAGACCUGGCUCAGUAUAAAACACACAAAGAUAAGAAUGUAAUGAUGUCUGCUAGAACUUUGAUUCAGCUCUUCCGAACACUGAAUCCUCAGAUGUUACAGAAGAAAUUCCGGGGUAAGCCUACAGAGGCCUCUGUAGAAGCAAGAGUACAAGAAUAUGGAGAACUAGAUGCUAAAGAUUACAUCCCAGGAGCAGAAAUUCUAGAAAUUGAAAAUGGAGAAGAGAAUGCGGAAAACGAUGAAGCACAAAGCGAUAGACUACCUGUGCUCUCUCACACAGACGGGUGGGAAAGUGCCAGUCUCAGUGAGGAGUCAGAUGACGGGGAGUGGGUUGACGUGCACCACUCUUCUGAUGAAGAACAGCAAGAAAUCGCUAAGAAGCUGAGCAGCAUGCCUGUGGAGGAGCGGAUAGCCAAAGCUGCAGCCGUCAGCACCAGCCGAGUUUUAACUCAGGAAGACUUCCAGAAAAUCCGCCUGGCCCAGAUGAGGAAGGAACUCGACGCUGCCCCCGGGAAAGCCCAGAAGAGGAACUAUAUCGAAAUAGACAGUGAUGAAGAUUCCAGGGGCGAGUUGCUUUCUCUUCGGGACAUUGAACGCCUUCAUAAAAAGCCAAAGUCUGACAAGGAGACAAGACUAGCAACUGCAAUGGCUGGAAAGACAGACCGAAAAGAAUUUAUGAGGAAGAAAACCAAAAUGAAUCCAUUUUCCAGUUCCACAAAUAAAGAGAAGAAAAAACAGAAGAACUUCAUGAUGAUGCGGUAUAGCCAUAAUGUCCGCUCAAAAAAUAAGCGUUCCUUCCGAGAAAAGCAGUUGGCACUACGAGAUGCGCUUUUGAAAAAGAGAAAAAGAAUGAAGUAACCUGGACAAGCAAGUUUAGCACUCCAAAGAGAAUGCUCAAUUUGUGUCAUUACUCUGAAAAUUAAUAAACUGAGAAUGUUUACAUUAAAUAGUCCAGAAACACUAUACUGUGAAAACCAAAGUAAAUUUGGUAGCAUUUUGGUGUUUUUAUUUUGGAGGUGGAUAAUGGUGGGAAUAUUUGAAAUGUAAACAGUCGUGAUGUUGUAAAAUCAUUUAGCAGUCAUGUGAGAAUAAACUCUUCGGUGCCUAUUAUCACUAUCGAUGUAAAAAUGACCAAAAUCCCUCAUUAAAGGCAUCCACAGCCUAUUUGGAGGAUGCGGGGGACAGACGUGUGUAUAUGUGUAUCUAUGUGCAGUGUAAAUAGUUCUCUGGUAGAGAUAGGUCCAUCUUCCUGUGGGGUCAUGGAGAUCUUGUAGAUGAGCUCUGCAGGGGGCAGGGUUACAUAUUCUCUUCAAAUGAAACAGGACAAUGUUACAAGAGUAAGAGGUUCUUACUUGUAAAUAGGCUUACCUGCUGAAAACAGGUCCCUGCUGUACAGAUUUUGGGUAGACUAUUUAGCUCUUUUAGUCCAUCCAAAAGAUUUAAAUAUUUUUUGAAUGCCAGGUUAAAACCUUGCUUUUUAUAUUGCCUUAAGUAUAAAUAGUAAUCUUGGAGUGUCUUUAUCAUUUGGGCUGCUCACGUCCCCAUAGAGAAAAAGAAAAUCAAAUUAGUUUCCUUAGCCUUUUUCACCUUUAAUAUUUUCAGCCUUGUGUCCAAAGAAAGGUUUCUAAUAUCAAAUAGGUCUUCUUGUGUGUUGAGUGGCUGCAUUGGUCUCCCUUCCCUAGGUGUGCUUGGGUAGAUUUCAGGGGGCAUGAAAGCAGGUCAGUCUCUCUGUUUGCAAGUUGUUGCAUUUGGAAAGUUUGUUGCCUUUUACCUCAGAUUUCUUAGAUAAUAUUGUAGAUGAUGAAAUUACUCUAUAUUGCUUUCAAGUAAAAAGCAAUUUUCUGCUUACUCUGAAUUAGAAAGCAGCUUCUAAAACUACUUUUCUCCUUCCCUUUCAGUAUCUUCUGUUCACUUUCUAAGUUCAACUUGAGUUUUAUUUGAAGGAAACUGUGUGACUUUCCCCAAAAUACUGGGGAUUAGUUGUGAAGACCUUGAGGUUUAAUGACUCAGUUGCACUGGCCUAGUGAGGGGAGCUCUCAGAGUCAACCUGGGCAACUUCAGUAUUUCACAGAAUGUGCCCCAUGCAAAUUUGAAUGGUUCAGACUAGAAACUGCUCUCUUUGCACAUUUGAACUGUCUCGUGUAUCUAGCUUGAGAGAGGGGUAAAUAAAACCAAAAUGACAUAGCAGCCAGGAUCCACAGCUUUGCUGCCUGAAUUGUGAUGGUACCUGAAAAUUGCAUCCUUUCGCUAGACUUUCACACCCACCUAGGUGCCGAGACACCAAAGUCCAUGUGUUCUGACUUCUGUUCUAAUGUGGCUUCACCCUGCUCUUAACUGAAAUGUAUAUGCAAGAUAGAAAACUAGCUGGCUUACAAGGGUGCAGUCUUAACUCUCUUUUAUUUCUUCAGUCCCAUAGUAUCUUAUCUUACUAUGGUCCCUUUUAUUAUUUUAUAAAUCUCAAGAAUAUUUUAUGUUUGUUUACUAUAGAUUUGAAGAUCAGGCCCUCACAAGGGUGGCUGCUGCCAGCAAAGGCAGAGUAGCCUUUCAGGGUGAAAUUUACCUUGAAGAAGCCACCAGGGUCUCUGUUUUAGCUUUUCAGACUCACUUUUUUGUCCGCACUGGGAAUGGAUCCAUUUCUGGGAUGAACUCAUAUUGUCCAAGCUCAUAUAUAGUUACAUGAAGCGAUGUAUAAAUCUGGAAUGAUAAUGUAUUAUGUAUGUGAUCUUAGCAAAUUCCAUCGGAAAAUAAGCGCCACAAAAGGCAGAGGCUGUUCCCUGCUCUAUGCCCAGGCUCAGUAAAUAUUUGAAACAUGACCUCCCUCAUUGAUCGUUUUGAGGUUCUGAGAACUAAUAGCUAUUUAUAAGAACUUAGCAUGGUAUUUGCCACAAAGUACGCAUUCAGUAAAUUUCUCAUCAAAGGUUAGAUAUCGAUUAAGUUUUUAUUUUAUCUUUUGCUUAAUUUACUCUUGAAAUGACAAUUGCAGUUGCUACAAGUAUUUGUUUUAUCCCUCAUCCAUUUUGGGGGGAACUAGUUUGAAAUACAAAGAUAUAUAUUGAAUGCUCACUGUAUGCAAAGCAGCCUGCUAGAUGCUGGGUGGGUUGCAAACACAAUGUUUGUGUCAUACAGAAACUUUGAAACCCAUGAAGGAAAUAGACUUUAAAAAUAACUAUGUAAUACAGAGCCACUUACAGAGCUAUCAAAAAAGGCACAUAGCUUAGGGCAGGGCAUCCUGACGAAGGGGCAGUUCAGCUGGCAGGAGGGUUUGCUGACAAACAUGCUUAGGAUGAACAGGGCAGCAGUAGGAAAUGGAUUCUUGAAUCAUCAAAGAAAAAGUUAGGGUUUAAAAAUUGGUACAACUUUUUAAAGGUUAUUGUUAAUUAAAUUUUGUUUUGUUACUUCAUAUUCUAAUUCUUUGAAAAUUUAUAAUGUAUGUAGAGUGUUGUAUGGCAGCUCUGUAUUAACCAGAAUGUUUAAUCAGUUGGAAUGCUCUGUUCUUCAAACUAUAUUAAAACUGUUUUAAAACUAUUUUAAACACUUUAAACCUGUUCUACUAAGUGACAUCCUUUCAUUGUAUAAAAAAUAAAACUAAAAAUUAA